GCCGCGCCGCACGUCGUCAUAGCGACUUUUACACCUCCAUCACCAACUUCAUCUUUAUCAGCAUCAGCAACAUCAUCCGUCUCUGCACUCGGCACCGCACGCACACUUGGUUCCCGGACAAUGAAUGCUGUGGACGGAUCUGCACAUGUGCCGCAGGAGAGCUAUGCCGAGGAACUAGAAGAGGAGCUUCCGUCGCUGCUCGUGAUUGUUCUUGACGUCAGUCCCGCGGGAUGGGGAACAGAGUCGCCACCGAUAUCACUAAAGGAAGCGGUGGCGUCGCUGCUUGUGUUUGCAAACUCGCAUCUGGCGCUGAAUCACUCGAACGAGAUUGCGGUUUUGGCAGCGCAUUCGUCGACAGUUCGGUUCCUGUAUCCGCCGCGGCAGACUACCUCUUCUACGGACGAAUCUGCGGAUGGGAAUAGUACCAACAACAACGGUAGUCAGGGAGCGAAAGGACGGGUGGGCGGAUUGACGACAGAGGAAGGCGCCGAUCCGAGUUUACGAGAAGGUUCGCCAUCCUCAGGAGCAGCAGGCGCAUCGAUGUACAGACAAUUCCGUGUCGUGAACGAAGCAGUAGUUGAGCAACUCGAUGCCUUACUUUCAAAAACCUCCGUCGCCGACAUCGCGCAGCCGAGUAACCCCGACGUAGCAGUCGAGACCUCGAUGGUCUCUGGCGCGCUAAGCAUCGCGCUCUCGUACAUCAAUCGGCAGACAGGUGGCGGCGAGGCGACGUCGGGAGAGGAUGUUACAGCUGCGAAGAGGGCGCGGAUAUUGUUGGUCAGCGUUUGCUCUGAUUUGGCGGCGCAGUAUGUGCCGAUUAUGAAUUGCAUUUUCGCGGCCCAGAAGAUGAAAGUACCAAUUGACAUCUGCAAAAUUGGCAAAGACACAGUAUUUCUACAACAAGCAGCAGACACCACCGGCGGAGUCUACAUCCAUCUAGAUCAUCCCAAGGGACUGACGCAGUAUCUCAUGACUGCCUUUCUCCCAGACCGACUCCUGCGAACACAUCUCGUGCUUCCGACGCAAUCUAGCAUUGACUUUCGAGCUGCGUGUUUUUGCCACAAAAGGGUGGUUGAUAUCGGAUACGUUUGCAAUAUCUGCUUGUCAAUCUUUUGCCAGCCACCAGCAGACCGCAGCUGCGCGAUCUGCAGCACGGUCUUUGAUCCUCUGGAACUGUCUGAUCUCACUAAACAGCCGGUCCUAAUACGCCCGAACGGGCAGAAGAAGAAAGCAAAGAAGAAAGCUAAACGGGACGAAGGGUCGGCGACGCCUGCUCCUGCGCCUGCUGCAGCAGCAAGUUGAUCAAUGUAAGAAGGAUGCUUUCAUAGUGGGAUAGUUUGUAUUAUAGUCUAAACAACAAGUUUGAACGAAAGAUAGAGC